AUGAAGAGUGCUCUCACCAUAUUAGCAGACGAGAUCAAUGAGGCGUUAGCCCAACUUUCAAAGGCGACGGAGGCUGUGAUCAUUGCGGAAACAUUGCUGGAGAAGAAAACCGCGGAAAUUGCGGCACGCCCCAUCAUGCGAGAGGCUCGUGGCAAAAUAAGUACCCUGCGUGCCGAGGUGCGCCGAACGCAGGACCCGGCUACGCGGGCUCAAUACGAGAAAAUUUGCCACGAGGCAGAUGGGAGGGUGCGUUCCUUAGAUGGUGAGAUGAAGCAACAGAUUUAUCCAAAGCGCACGGUGCCACGGGAGAAGACAUACACGGAGUGGAAAGAGGAGGAGUUGAUAGGAACCGGCGGGCCAGAUGGGACGGGUUUUACAGACUCUAAACAGGUGCUCCAGUCUGCCGUAAAUGUGCAGAGGGACGCGAUAAUUUCUUUAGAACGGGCAGAGCGACUGCAGCACGUUACAGAGGAAGGAGGCCAUGAAACCCUCAAAACGUUGCAGCAGCAGGCUGAGCAGAUGUAUCAGGUGGAUGAGGGGCUUCAGAACCUGCACGGAGGACUUGAUCGCGCGGCACGUGAGAUAAAGUGGUUCUAUCGCCAGUUGGCAGGUGAUCGGUGCUUUCUUUCACUCUUUGGGAUAUGCGUAGUGGCGCUGGCAGUGCUGGUGUUUGUGAUGAUUUACAAGAAGCGGCACAAGUGA